AUAACAUUGUGUGAAGGCACUUGAUCAAACACCUCUUCAGGUCUCUGUCUCUGCACAUCAUGAAGACAUCUGUGAUCCUCCUUGCCUUUGGGCUGCUGGCUUGUUCAGUUUGUGAACACAGCCAAGACUUUGAUGACCAGGAAUCAAUAAAAUCACAGCCAGAGGAGCGCAUGGAGCAACAGCUACCAGGAACUUGCUGGGCCUGUAAGUGGGCACUGAACAAAGUGAAGAAAAAUCUCCCAGCUACAUCCAACCAGGAACAGAUAAAAGGAAAGCUAUUAGCUGUUUGCAACAAAGUAGGCUUACUUAAGUCUUUGUGUAAGAGUUUUGUGAAUAAAAACUUGAUGGUGCUGAUUGAGGAGCUCAGUACAACUGACGACGUUAGGACCAUCUGUGUCAAUAUUAAGGCCUGCAAACCGAAGGAAGAUUUGGACCUGAGCUACUGAUCAAGCAGCCAGGAUUUCCAAAUUCCAUAAUGAGAAGGUGACAAGACAAUGCAACGCCACCAAGAGUACAAUCUUUCAACACACAGGCAUACUGUUAUUCCCUGUUUAUAAACCGCACCAUUACUUUUAUAGCUUUGUAUGUAUAAAAACCUGAGUAUUAACUACACCCGUAGCCUAUAUAAACCGCAUUUGCCCGGAGAUUUAUGACUCAAACAUACAUUCUACAUUAAUAUUAAACAUCUGUCAUACGGCGCUACCAAAAUGUAUUUGUUGAAGAAUAAAAUGUUUUUGAAUGAGUUUCUGAGACCUCUACAUUAUUAAGUAAUCGUCUGUGAAAAGGUUUGCUGGUGGAAAUGGUUUUAAAACUAUAAAAUCAUGUAUUAACCGCACCCAAGGAUUAACCGCUUUAGAAGAAAAGGUUUUCAAAAAACGUGUAUAAACCACAGAUUUUAAACAGGAAGUUACAGGAAUGCAUGAUUAAAUUGCUGAAAUUAUUAAUCUUUGCAAUAAUUCCACGUUUUAAAAGGCUGUAUGUCAUUUGCAGAACAUUUUAUUUACUUAAUUUUCAUUAUAAUGGUUGAAACAAGUGCUAAUUUCAGAGUGUUUGUGUGUUUUUGUGAGGUGUUUGUCAACAGUUUAUCUAGAUUGCUUGAGUAGCUACUUUUGUCCAACCAGAAUCCACUUUUUGAAAACUGUAAAAUUGCAGGCUAGAACUGAAACACUUUUAGUCAAGUGGGACAUUUCAUUUCCUAAAGACUCAUAAAAAAUAAAAUGCACAAAAUCAA